AUGCGAGACGGCGGCUCCGCCUCUAGCGGCGACUGCGCCGGCGCUCGCGGCAGCUCUCACGAUGAAGGCAGCGACGCUGCUAAAGCCGCGCUGCCUCCGAGCCACAUGUUCUGCCGGCUGGAGUCCGUGUUGCUACAGAUUGACGUCGAGACGCACGAGCUGCUGGCCACCAUGCAGCUACAGCCUAUCCAGGAGGCGGAGGCGGCGGAGGAGCAGGCGCGGGCAGCGCGCGCAGGCGCGGCGGCGAGCGGAAGCCGCGUGCUGUACGCGCGCACGGAGCAGGACCGCGUGAGCUGCAAGCGGCUGUCAACCAGCGACACGUCCACGCACGGCGGCUUCUCCAUCCCGCGCAAGGCCGCUGAGGCCUGCCUCCCCCACCUGGACAUGACGCAGUCGGUGCCAUCGCAGCGCAUCACGGCCACGGACGUGCUGGGCAACCAGUGGCUCUUCCGCCACGUGUACCGCGGCACGCCCAAGCGCCACCUGCUCACCACCGGGUGGAGCGCGCUCUCCGCCACGUGGGGCCUCGCUGCUGGCGACCGCAUCGUCUUCCUCAGGAACAGGCACGGCGCGCUCAAGGUGGCGGUGCGGCGCAGCGAGGCGGCCAUGGCGGCCUUGCAGGCGCAGCGCCAGGCGCGCCACGCUCAACGGUGUUCCCUUGACGUUGACCAUGUGGGGGAUUCCGCCGCCAUGGCGCACACCCCAGCCUCCCCAGGCCUGGCGGAGGUGGCGUCUGCUGAUGCUGUGCUGGCCACUGCUGCUCGCUGCUACAGCCGCCGCACGGCCUUCUCUGUCACCUUCCACCCAUGGGUGAGCGCCUCAACGCCCUUCGUCAUCCCGCUCCCCGACUUCACACGCGGGCUGCACGUGAAGGCGGCGCUACAGCCGGGCAGCGAGGUGCGCCUCACGCUCGAAACCGACGACCUCGCCACGCGCCGCCUACGUGGCACCGUGCUCUCGCUGCACCACUCGCCUUCUGCCACGUGGCCCUCCUCGCCCUGGCGCUCGGUGCAGAUCAAGUGGGGCGACACGGACGGGGCAGUGAAGCCCACGCGCCUCUCCCCCUGGCUGCUUGACGACGCCCGCGCCCUCGCCCAGCCCUGCUCCUCCUUAUAUGCCUCCUCCGGCUCCGCCCCCCUUUCCACCACCUUCGCCUCUGUCCCCACUAUCGCCACCGUUUCUGCCAGUGCUGCUCUGCUGUCACACUCCGCCCAGCGCCCCCCCCCGCUCUCCCUGCCACCACCUCUCUCCAACCCUGCUGCUGCUGCUGCUGCUCCCCCUGCUGCCGCCCCUGCCGCCCCCCUCGCAGCGGGACAGCAGGGAGAUGGGGGCAGCUGGGGCCCCGCCCCUCUGUGCCUCCCCUCCACUGCCCCUCUCUCUCACACCCCCCUCACCUCCUUUUUUCCUAACCACUCCCUCCCUCCGCGGCCCAUGCCUUCCGAACCUGGCCACGCCAAGCCUGAUGCGAUGGUUUGGUCGCAAGCCCAGCCUGCCAUGGAGUACAGCGGAUCUCGCGAGUCGCUUACAACAGCCACCCCUGCCACCGCUGCUACAGCCGGUGCCGGCACUGCAUCUCCGGCUGCGCCUCGCCCGGCCUUCCCUCGAACCCUCACUGCUCCUGGGGGCUUCACAGCCUAUGCCCCUGCCAGCUCCCGGCAGGGCGGGGUGAAGAGGGAGCAGCAGGAGGCGGGAGCAGCGGUGCAUCUGACGCUCUCUCUCGGCCUCUCCGCCUUGACCGCCUCGCCCCCCUCCGACCACUCCUCCCCGAGCCUCAAGCGGCGGCGCACAACAGGCCUCGACAUCCCUGUGCUGCGCCACGCGUGCCACUCGGAGUCGGAUGUCGCCCGUCUGCUGCACGCCCAGCGGCCUGAGAGGACGGACACGCUUGACAGCGACCUUGUCAUGCACCCCGCAUGCCCGUCCGAUGAUGCUCGUGCUCUUGCUGGUGCUGCUGAAGUGAGUGGUGCGGUGGGUGGUCCUCCUGGCUGUCUCUUCACGCUGCCCUCCUCGCCCAGCUCUGCCAGCGGUGGCACACCCAGGAGCAGCAAUGGUGACUUGGAACGCACUGUAAUGGAGGAGCGGGCGGCAAGUGGCAAGCACGAGGCAGCAGGGGGGGCGGAGAGCAUGGAUGGGCAGACGGCUUCCCCAUCCAAGCAACCCGCGUCGCCCUGCAAGCUGUCUCCCUCGCCAUCCCGGGCGGCCAACAGACGACGGAUUAAGCUGCGGGUGGAGGGAAGCCCAGUGAUGCGCACGGUGGAUCUGAGUGGCAUCGGCAGCUUCCAAUCACUGUACGCCACGUGUGCAGCCAUGCUGCAGCUGCCUCUGCAGCAGCCGGGGCAGCCCUCAGAGGGUGCCACGUGUCUCUGGCAGCUCACCUACACCGACGCCGAUGGCGACAUGCUCCUCGUCGGGGACGGGCCCUGGAG